AUGUCACGUUGCAUAAUUUAGUAUAUUAUUUGAUAAUUUCAAAAUGCUAUACCAGAUAGGCCUAUAAUUGUGUUAUAAGAAUAAAGUGCACCGUAUUUAUGUUUUUAAUGUUUGUAAAUGAAAACGUGGUUUUACCGGUGUUAUAAAGUAUUCCAGGCUACAAAAAAGAGCAUAGAUUCCUUUAAUCCUACGGAAAUCGUGGCACAUUACUGAAUUAAAACGAUAUAAGUGAACACGUAAAUAUCGUGCUACGUGUCUGAGCGUGUUUCAUGGUUUUGAGAAUAACUGUUCAGUUGCUACAAAACCUUGGAUUUCUCUUUUCGUAUUUCAUAUUUUUGUGUCCAUUAAGUGUGUCAUUACAGUUUGAUACAUAGGCCUAUAAAUAUGUAGCUCAAAUAGGUAUCUUUAUUUUUGUGAAUUUUGUGUAUAGAGCGUUUGAGUAGUUUUCAGGAGACUCCUUUGGAGUGUGGAUGCAUCUUGAAGUUUGCAUAAUCUUCCUGCAAACAUUACUUUGCGUACGUCCACCUAUUAAAAGCCGGUGAGGAAAACCACUUGUGUCCUCUCCUUACUUUCGUGAGAACUAAACGUUUUGAAAGUUCGCUCUUUCGUAGAUAAUGCAUUCCAUACGACCGCAGAGGGCCUUGCAUACUAUUUUUGCAUAUUGUGCAUCUUUGGUUGCGUUGUCCUACUGCAGGGGUGUCAGACUCCAGCCCCAGACGGCCGGAGCCCUGCACAUUUUUGGGUUUCCCCUCAUUUAACACACCUGAUUCAACUCCUUCUGCUAAUUAUCACACAGGUCAUGAGCUGAAUCAUUUGUGGUGGAAUAGGGAAAGACCCAAGCUACACAGGGCUCCAGCCCUCCAGGAAUGGAGUCUGACACUCCAGUCCUUCUGUGUUCUGAGACCAUAGUAGGGUGUGCUGCACCUUAUGCUAUAUGCCUUCUGUGUGGCCAUGACUUGGUAGUAGUUAUGUAAAAUGAAUGCAUAUACUAAAUAGUACAGCUAUAUUCGUACUUUAACAAUUUGAACCAUGAAUUCGUUGCUUAAGAAUCACGGUCUGGUUUAGCCAAAUAGGAACAAAGACCAUAACACAAAAAAACUAACAGUACAUAAUGAUCCAAUAUUGUCAUGCAGUGCAGUUGACCACUGAUACACAAACAGUGGCCUGUACUACGAAGCGGGGUUACUGGCUUAUCGGGGUAACUUGUCGGAUUUAAGGUACCACAGUUUAAAUGGACUAAAUAUUUGCUCACUUACAUUUUGCCCAGACUACCUUAAAUCCGACAAGUUACCCCGAAAGCAGAUAACCCCGCUUCGUAGUACAGGCCACAGAUCAGUAAAGCAAGUAUGAAAUUACAUUUAUUGUGAUUCAUUAUAAUGCAAUGCAGUGUGACUCUAGUUUGCUGUAUAUGUUAAGUUAGUAAUGGAGCGUGCAUAGACUUUUUCUUUAAUCUUCUUUACCUCUUAGUGUUUGAAGUUCAUUUGUAACGGAAUGUGGUGAGUAUGCCACCUGGUGGCAAAAUGUCACCAGUAGCUUACCUUCCGUUUUUCCUUAAAACAAAAAAAAAGUUUUUAUUGUUUGGAAACAUUUAUUUUAUAUUGUUUACUGUCCCCAAACUUGUAAAUACUCAGUCACACAAAAAUGUGAAUCCUGAAGUUUUUCCUGCCUCCAGUAGUGCCAUCUAAUCUGCCCCUCUCAGAUUGCAGGGUUUGCAUUAUUUGUGGGUUUACAUUGAUUUAGCCAAAUUUCCUGGACGUUAUACUUUCAAACACAAGAAUUUGGAGUUAAAAUUCUUUUUUCACAAGUGUGUGUCAUGUGGGCGAACUAACAGCAUGGAUGUGUACAAAUCCCAGGUAAAUGGUAACAGUAACAGGGUCAGGGGCAUGGGUGAUGAGGAGGAUUUGUACCUCCCCUCUAAUAUUUAAUUUGGUUUCAUUUGUCCCUCCAAAAAAUAGAACUUUUCGUUGAAAUUAUUGUGUCCUCCUCUGAUAUCAAACUGCAUCUUGUGCCAUUACACACAGUGCACUACUUUGUUCCUGCCAAGCUUAUGAAGUGACGCUUCAGUCCGCCUUGUGAGGAAAAUGAUCUCGGUGUUGUAGCUUAAACGACCACUUUCCUAAAGUGGAUCUUUUGGAUAAAGUCUCUUGUUAUUGGCUGGAAUUCAUUUGGAAAACAGACAAUGCUUUGUUUGUCCGGAUGCAUCUGCUGGGUGGGGAGAAAGGUUCUCACAUACAAUCAUGCACUGUGCACACCUGGUUUUUAUACUGUGCCACAGCCGAGAGUCUGUGGCAUUUAUCUGGCUGACCUAAGUCUGACCACAACUUUUUAAGAAUCAGUAGACUGACAGGCUGCGGAAUUGUACUGGGAGAGCAGCCUACCUUAUUCGGGGAUAUGAGAUACUGGGUGGUUCUGAAACAGGUCCGGUAGGAAUGCCUAACGGGAAUGAACGUGCAUCAGCCUGUAGCUCCAAGUUCAGGGAUGCCUUAGUCCAUGUGAUCGCAUGCUUGGGUCUGCAUGGUUUAUUGUGUCACCUGUUCCUACCAUUGCUCUUUUCACUUCCUGGUUUUGUUAUAUGUUACCGAGUGAUUUCUUGUCCCAGCAUAACAUGUACAGGAUGAUCGUAUCUAAUGCACCCUUUAUUUGUUAUAAAUGGAACCUUUUGUCUAGCUAAAGGAAUGUGUGUGUGUUUUUUGAGGGGUUUGAUGGGUGUCGACUUUAUGCCUCUCCCAAAUGCGGUAUAUCCCAUUGUUUCAUCAUGGCAAAGUCAGUUCUUUUGUUGAAUGUUCUGAAUUCAGCUUCUUCUUAAGGGUUGCAUAACUGCUCCCCCUUUGGCUCUUUUAAUUGAUUCUCCACAUUUCCUUCGUCAUGCGGACUCAGUCUGAUGUGUGAUCCAGGGUGUGGCCCUGUCCAGCAGCAGGGUGCACAUGCAGAGUUCAUACAGUACCUCCACCCCACCUGGGGAGUCAGUCUUGUGCAGCCCGCUCUAUGGGGACCUCUUCUCUCAGGACCGAUCACAGUGUGUGGAAGAUGACACCCUUGGCUCCAUAGAUGUCCCUGUGUGCCAGUCCUCCAGCAAAGGCUCUGGUGCAGAGAGCUCCACCACUGUAGACUCCCUGACCCCAGCUUCAAGCCCCUCCUCAGGCAUAUUUGGGGCAGUCGUGGGACAGGAGAGGCUCCCCUUCACUCCCCUGAGCCUGGAGUGUCAGGUGUGUGCUGACCGUGCUUCGGGGUACCACUAUGGGGUACAUGCCUGCGAGGGCUGUAAGGGCUUUUUCAGGAGGACCCUCAGACUUAACCUGGAGUAUGAAUCCUGUGAGAGAAGCUGUAAGAUCCUGAAGAAGAACCGCAACAAGUGCCAGUACUGCCGCUUCCAGAAGUGCCUGUCGGUGGGCAUGUCCCACAGUGCCAUCCGCUUUGGACGCAUGCCCCAGGUGGAGAAGCUGAAGCUGAAGGCUGCAGUCAUGGUUCAGCCUGCAGAGCAGCAUGUGGGGAACCCUCAGCCAACUGAGCAGAAGAACCUGAGCAAGCGGAUCUGUGAGGCCUACCUGAAGAACUUCAGCAUGAACAAGUCUAAAGCUCGAGUCAUCCUAACUGGCCGGUCCAGCACACCACAGCCCCUGGUCAUCCACGAUAUGGAGACACUGCUCUUAGCUGAGCGCACCUUGCUGGCCCAGCUGCCGGGUGGGGCCGGGGGCCCGCGGACCGGGGAGGCGGAGGUGCGCAUCUUCAACUGCUGCCAGCGCACCUCUGUGGAGACUGUCACGGAACUGACAGAGUUCGCCAAGGCCGUACCAGGCUUCUCCUCUCUGGAUCUCAACGACCAGGUGACACUGCUCAAGUAUGGUGUCUAUGAGGCCCUCUUCACCAUGCUGGCCUCCUGCAUGAACAAGGAUGGGCUGCUGGUCGCCUAUGGCAACGGUUUUGUUACGCGUGAGUUCCUCAAGAGCCUGCGUAGGCCCUUCAGUGACAUGAUGGAGCCCAAAUUCCAGUUUGCCGUCAAGUUCAAUGCCCUGGAGCUGGAUGAUAGUGACCUGGCACUCUUUAUCGCCAUGAUCAUCUGCUGUUCAGAUCGCCCAGGGCUUGCAAACCCGACGUGUGUUGAACACCUGCAGGAGGCCAUCGCACAAGUGCUGCAGCAUCACCUGCAGACCACCCACCCGGAUGAUGCAUUCCUCUUUCCGCGUCUGCUGCAGAAGCUGGCCGACUUGCGACAGCUGGUGACCGAGCAUGCUCAGCUGGUGCAGGAGAUCAAGAAGAUGGAGGAUACCUCGCUGCACCCAUUACUGCAGGAGAUCUACCGGGAUAUGUACUGA